UACUACUUCCGGUGGACCACAGCAAACCUGGAAUAGAUGAACUCUCCAAAAAGUCGGACAGAUUUGUUUGUUGUUAGACCUUAGGAUAUUAAAAAAAAUAAUACUGUGCUUUUAACGAGCCAGGUUUGCCGUCAUGAAUGCUAACUUAAUGUAGAAAAAAUGUAAGCUAAUGUUUUAAAAUCUAGACAAUUGCGCAGAUUUUUUGCUAAUUUCUGCUUUACUAAUCAUAUCAGACUCAGUCACCUGGCUGAUUCGCGUUCCAUAUUGUUGUAGAUCAAAGGCUCGGGUCUGUUCUUCCUCUAAAUUUUGAGUUAGCUAACUGCUAACAGUAACACCAUCAUGAAUAUCCUUCCGAAGAAAAGCUGGCAUGUCCGCAAUAAAGACAAUGUAGCGCGCGUGCGAAGGGACGAAGCCCAGGCUGCAGAAGAGGAGCGCGAGGCUAAACGCCGCGUGGAGCGCGCGGAGCAAGAAGCGCGAACAGAAUAUCUGAGAAGAAAGGCCCGAGCUGGUCUCCAAUCAGUGGAAAGCACAGGAGAUGAUGGGAGUCAAAGCGGAGGACAUGUGGAGCAUCUCAAUCUUUUUCCUUUGGAGGAGUCUUCAGAUAAGAAGGGGAAUGAAGAGUAUCUCAAAGAGAAGAAGGAGGAAACGGAGAAGCAAGAGCGAGCCAUCGGCCUGCUUGUUUCUUUAGGCCCCCAACCAGGCACUGAGGUGACUCCAUGGUACAUGCAAAGCAGCGCAGAAAAAGAAGAAGAAGAAUCGGAAAAGAGGAAGGGCAUAAUUGAAGAGGAAAAGGCGAAGAAAGACCGCAGGCUGAAGGAAAGUUUGGAUCCUUUGAAAGAUAUGAAGAAAGCAUUGGGGGAAAGUGAAAGGAGGCACCACAAGAGCAAGAAAAAGGAAAGAGGAGACAAGGGAGAAAAGAGGAGCAGUGGGGAAAGCUCCAUGGAAAGAUUGCGUGCUGAACGCUUACAAAGGGAAGCUGAAGAAAGGAGAAGAGCCCAGGCUUUGCUUGAGCAGAGGAGUGGGAAAAGGAAGGAUGCAACGCGAGAAAUGGACGACAGGGACCGGCCUUACAACAACGCUUACUUCCCAGAAAUUGCCCGAAAACGACAGAGGCGAGACAGAGAGAGCUGGAGAGAUGAGAUUCUCAAAUCUUGAGUUUCAUUAUUCUGAACAUUUUACAAUCAGAUGGUUAGGAUUCCCUAUGACUUUUUUUUUUUCAUUUGUCCUGUUCUGUCCAUAAAAGGAAAGUCUUGCAGGAACUAGAGGUCAUGUCCAACAGCAGUUCUCUCCACCCCCGCCGCCUUUUCACUCAUGAGCACAUCAGCAGGGCAGAUGGCUGCCAUCACAGGGGGCCUGAAGCACAGGCUGUCGAGAAGAAAAACCCUAAACCACUGCUCGGCUGGCUUACAUCAUUGUAAAAAUGGACAAGUUUGUGCUGAAAUCAUUCAUUCCAACAUGACAAAUCAAUAAAAAAAGCCUCUUUUACAUUUUAAUAACUGUUUAGAUGCUUCCUUUAGUCAAUAUUGAGGUUGUAUUUGAGCCACAACACAGUUUUGUCCUAAAAUGUGAUUUAAAAUCUUUGUAGGCUAGUUUUUUUUUUUUUUUUUUUUAGUUGUGAGGUAUAAAAGGAAAAUGCAGUUCUUUGUGAACAUGUUUCUGUAUGUUUUAGAAAAAAGAUUUACAGACUUUCCAAAUAAAUGGAUGACAUGGAUCUGGAAAA